CCCCCACAAUGGUGUUUGCCGAGUUUCGGAACUUGUUUGAUAAGAUAAUUGUUCCAGACAAAGUCGGCGUGGAAGAUGUUGUCGAUCGUUUGACCCUGUUUACAGCCGUUCUCUUCGCUCUGGCAUCGCUCCUCGUAUGCAUGAAACAGUACAUUAUGAGUGCGCUGAAUUGCUACAUACCUGUCGGCCCCAGUGGAGAGUUGUUCAGGGAUUUUGUAAACUCAUACUGCUGGGUACAUGGAACCAUUCCGUUGAAACCGCACGAGCCGUUUCCCAAAUCCGAAGAAAUGUGGGAUGAGUAUGACCGAAUUCGUCGAAUCAGCUCAACAAUCGUGACCAUGCUGGCAACGGAUUUUAUGGAUCUAAUUUCCACUGUGACUCUGUCGGAUCGAUUCCGACUGGAAGAUUUCGCAGAUCGAUUACAUCUGGUCACAGUGGUCCUGUUCAGUCUGGCCGCGUCGAUUAUUGGGUUGAAACAGUACGUCUUCAACCCGCUGUCUUGUUACAUUGCGAUCGGACCGAGUGGGGAUGAAUUUGCUGAUUAUGUGCACUCCUAUUGUUGGGUACAUGGAACCAUUCCCCUGAAGGCUGGAGAGCCAAUACCCGACACUCCUGGUGAAUGGGAGCAGUAUGACCGCCUGCGUCGUGUGACCUACUACCAAUGGGUGCCUUUUGUGUUGGGCCUACAAUGUAUUCUAUUCUACAUACCUCAUCUUGCUUGGCAAGCGCUUUGCUCAAACCAAGCCGGUGGAGACGUCUUUCAGCUGGUCAAGGUUGCCGCAGAUGCAGCCACCUCCGAACGCAGUGCACGUGAGAAGCAGGUGAAACGAGUGGCUGAAUUCCUCACAGAUAUGAUCAUAAGCCCACGUGUCUGUCGCCAGCACUAUGGUCGAAGGAGCACAAAUCGCCGCAUCUAUCAAAAUUGUGAUAUUUGUUCAACCCCGAGGCGUCUAGGGACCUGUCUGAUUAUCCUCUACAUGAUUUUCAAGGUCAUAACGCUGAUCAAUGCCAUCCUCCAGCUGUACCUUAUCCAGCGUUUCCUCGGUUUCUAUUCCGAAGGUAGCACGGGGUCACGAAGUAUGAACUUGGCCAAAGUUGGAGAUUCUGAUAGAGCCGUUACCGUUUCUGACUCCAACGAAGAUUGGAGUGGACUGGGUUUCGGCCUGACCGUCGCCAAUCAUCUACGUACCGGUCGUGAUUGGCCAGAAACAACCCUGUUCCCACGCGUUGCCUAUUGCCGAGUCCGAGGAAUCCGAUUGGUUGGCGUGGAGAACGCCUACACAGCCCAAUGCGCUCUACCAGUCAAUAUGCUGAACGAAAAGAUUUACAUUUUCUUCUGGUUCUGGCUCGUUGUCUUGAUCUCAGCCAGCGUAACAAGUCUCGUUCUGUGGCUCAUUCGAGUGGUAUUCACUCCUCGGAGAAAACAUUUUAUCAAAAGGUUUUUGAGAAUCAAAAUUGCAAUGGUCAGAAAUAAGCCGAGGACCGUAAGUCGCGCGGAUAUCGAUGAAUUUGUGGACGAUUACCUACGUCGUGAUGGAGUCUUUCUCAUCAGAAUGUUGGCUCUGAACGCCGGCGAAGUGAUCACUGCCGAAAUUGUCACCGAGCUAUACAAUGACUAUUUGGAACAACACUCACAAGCAAGCAGUUUUGGGACAAAUGACAGAGCACCGAUAGCAACGAAGGAAUUGGUGUGAACUACGCCGUUUGCAUACCAGAUAAAACCCAGAUGUAGAGUAAUGGCUAGCGACAAGUGAGAACAAUGUUAUGUGCCAUGCUUCGUGGACUGUAAGCACCACUUUUCUGGUGUUUUUUGACGUAUCAUCUCUUCUUUCAUAUAUAGACUGUGCUGUUAGAAAUUUGUCCUAUAAAAUGUCGUUUUAGGCGGAAAAGAACUGUGACUUCUGCACAUACUUUUCACUGAUG